CCAUCAAAAUACUCCCAGGUGGUAAGAGAGGCGGAAUAACUGGAAACCACACAGCAUUUCUUUCUCGCCCUCAACAAAAGGCAACGUUAUACUACGCGACUUACUCUGCGGGGUUUCGAACCGCGGACGAAAUGUUUACAAAUGGGAAAAUAAAUCGGUGUAUUUACAGGCUUGGAUUGCGCAAUUGAAGGACUUUUUGUGCUAUAGAGACGUUAUUAAUCGUCCGAUCUGGAGGAGCUGUCGAUGCAUUUGAGGAUUUAAAGGAUGGGAUUGCUUUUUUCCAGGCUGUUUUCCUCGCUUUUUGGAGACAAGGAAGCUCGCAUUUUAGUGCUCGGCCUGGACAAUGCCGGGAAGACCACCAUUCUCUAUCGGUUGCAGAUGGGAGAGGUGGUUUCUACUAUUCCAACUAUUGGAUUUAAUGUUGAAACAGUUCAAUAUAACAACAUCAAGUUUCAAGUGUGGGAUCUAGGUGGGCAGACCAGUAUCAGGCCCUAUUGGCGGUGUUAUUUUCCGAACACCCAAGCUGUUAUCUAUGUGGUUGAUUCAAGUGAUACUGAUAGAUUGGUCACAGCGAAGGAAGAAUUUCAUUCUAUUUUGGAGGAAGAGGAACUAAAAGGAGCAGCUGUACUCAUUUAUGCAAACAAGCAGGAUCUUCCAGGCGCCCUUGAUGAAGCUGCAGUUACCGAGUCUCUUGAAUUGCACAAAAUAAAAAAUCGUCAGUGGGCUAUAUUUAAGACUUCUGCAUUAAAGGGUGAAGGUUUAUUUGAAGGAUUGGACUGGUUAAGCGAUACACUUAAAUCAGGGGGCCGAUAAUUUGUAACAGCAAUUUUCUGGAUUGUGGAAGUGAUUAUGUGCAAAUUUGUGUCCCAAGACAUGAGCAUUAUAUGCAGUUGCACCAUUAGUGAUUAACUGGAUUGGCCAGGUGGAGAGUUUCUAGUUUUAAUUCAAAAUUUUUCGUUUCAAAGGGAAGUUAUAUGAUAUCAUUGUUGUUGAAGAUUUUGACAAUGUGCCCUGAUGCUGAAGAGAAAUUUAUAUCACAAUAAACACACAGAUAUCUGGUUCAAUUGGAUCAUGUUGUACUCUUGUGUUCCAUUCUGAGCUAUCAGGAGCAAUUUCUGUAAUAUUAGUAGUACAACAUUUGGGAGAAAAUUUAAAUGGUUUUAAUAAUGCUAAGUGUCUUUCGUAGCA